UUGCCGUUAACGCCACAACAAUUUAAAUUCCGUCAUCGCCCUUCAACACCCUUUAUUUUGAAAUUUCAACUCAACAAGUGAAAAGGAAGGCAGAAUUCCAAAUCGCGAAAGCACGCGGCGGCUGCGUUUUCUGCACUUCCCGUUAAAUCCAAGAUUUGGGUAGUUUAACAGUUAAACGCGGGUGAAAAGGACUGAUCCAUGCGUCAAGCUCUUAUUGGUUUUUUGUUCCCCGAUUCUAAGACGUUGGUGUUACGGCUAGAUUUAAUCGGCACCCCCACAACACAUCAACCGUAAAAAAGUUAAAAACAAUAAAAAGAAUUAAAUACUAAUAAAUUAAAAAAUGACGUGUCCCCUGUUUUUCAUUUAUUAUUCAUAAAAUCUGUUCUUCUCCCACUCUCUUCUUCAAUUCAGUUCUUUCUCUUCACAAAUUUCCUCUCCCUUUAGGUUUCCUUUCCUUUGCUUCCAAAUCAAACAGCUGAGGCCUCUUAGAGUUUUUGAUUGGAGAUCUCAUACGUGUUUUAUUACAGCCCCUGUUUGUAUGCUCUGAAGAUUGAUAGUGAUGAUGAUGGUGACAGUAUUGGCAGUGCUGAUGCUGAUAAAUGAGGAUGAUGAAGAGAUUUACUAGUUUUAGGUGUUGAUUGAUUUUCUGAAAGGGGAUUGACUGCUAUAUGGUUUUCUUUUUUUUGGUAAGCACAGUUUUGCAUUUGAAGCAGAUGGGUUGAAAGGGUUUGAUAGUUUAGAUUUCAGAGUAAUAUGGCUAUUGCUGGUCUACACAACGUUUCUGUGCUUGAAAAUUCUUUCCUAAGGGAGUCUCAGUCUCAAGCAUCAAGAAGGCGGGGAAAUGGUAGUACCCGGCCAUCCUCACUCCUGCAGAUGUGGCGGGAGUUUGAGGAUGAGCAUGUGGUGAGUCAUGCACAAGAGAGAACCAAUGAAAGAAUGCUCCAACAGAGGAGUAAUGACCUUCCCAUGACUGAUCUUUCUGAUAGUCGACGUAGUGAACAUAGUGGUGUUUCAGAGGAUGUGAGUGUGAGUGUGAGUGAGAAUGAGUUUGUACAAUGGUUACCAGAUCGAUUUGGAUUGCAGAAUGGGAGUGAGGAUUCAAGUAAUUUUGAUUGUGAACAUUCAUCUGAUUUGGGGGAAGUUGAAAGGGAAAGGGUAAGACAAAUAUUUCAGGAGUGGAUGAACAGUGGUGGAAGGGGAUGUACUUCAAAUGUUUCAGGUAGAAACAAUAGUUCAAGGGCCCAGUGGCUGGGUGAAACUGAGCAGGAGAGAGUCAGAAUUAUAAGGGAGUGGGUGCAAAUGAAUAGCCAGCAGAGAGGUUCUCUUACGGACAGUAGAGAAGAGCAAGCUGCUGAUGCUGGUGGUCAAAUAGAACGACUUCUUGAUGGUUUGGUGGUUAACCAGAAUGCAGGCCGGACCGAGCAUGUGCAUAGGGGCAUUCGAAAAUUAUGUGGCCGACAGGCCCUGCUUGAUAUGCUUAAAAAAGCUGAGAGAGAGAGGCAAACAGAACUUCAGAGGUUGUUGGAGCAUCGGGCUGUAUCAAAUUUUGCCCAUCGCAACCGAAUUCAGUCUUUAUUAAGGGGUAGAUUCUUGAGAAAUGACAGAAUGGUUGAAGGUGACAGAUCUAUUUCUAUUGCAGCCAGUGAAUUGGGCUUAUUAAGACAAAAACAGACUGUAUCUGGUCUAAGGGAAGGUUUUUUAUCCCGACUGGAUAAUUCGUGUUCUGGUCCUGCUAGCAGUAAUCGUUCAGAUAGACCAUCUAACGCUGACAGUGAUGGGAAUAGAAGUGAAGAAAACCGAGUAAAUAAUACACAUGAUGCAAUAGAUGGAUUAAAUGACCGAUCUGAAUAUGAGAAUGAGGAAACUGAUAAUGGGAGGUGUGUGAUUGGUACAGCUGAUUUAGAGGUUGAAACUGAAGUAAGUCAGCAAGCAACUUCUGCUUGUUUAGAAGAUCAGCAGGAACAAGUUUUUGAGAGUGUAUUCAGUAUCUGGCAGGGGUCGGCCAGUGUUGAGUCUAAUGAAAGCAGAUAUGAUAUUGGACAAGUCUUUGAUGGGCCCAGGGAAGAAAGUCUUGCUGAUGAGUCGUCCCUUGAAACUUUGCAGAAUGAAGCUGGAGGACAAAGUUGUCUACAAGAAUCUGGUGAAGUAUCUUAUGAACGUUCUUUCCAAGAUGGUGAGAGAAGUAGGACCUCUUGGUUAACGAAUAUUGUACAAAAUGUAGAAAGGGUUCCUGUUGAUCAUAUUGAUGGCCAAGAACCUGCUUCUCAAGCUGAACAAUGGCAGGAAGAGGAUCAGGAAACUGAGGAUGCAGACUGGCAGGAAGCUAGUGUGGACCAUAACGAGUUGAUGGAUGGUCGUAAUGAAGAAGCCUCUGACAUGAAUCAUGAGGACGGUGAGAGUGAAAAUGGAGGUUAUGAUGAUAUGCAAGAAGCUCCUGAUGCACAACGUGAGGAUGGUGGCUUGCACGACACUAGACAAAAUUGGUUUGAAGGGUCUUACAAUCUACAAGCUGCCACCAUUGGAAGAACAGACACAUUUUAUCUUCCUGAUGAUGACAACUUACACAAUACUGAACUGAGGGAACUCUUAAGCAGGAGAAGUGUGUCUACCCUUCUUCGUAGUGGUUUUCGUGAGAGCCUUGACCAAUUGAUACAAUCAUACGUGGAAAGGCAAAAUCAUGCAUCUAUUGACUGGGAUCUGAAUGAAGCAGCUCCUACUCCUGAAUCCCUUGAACAAGAUAUAGAACAGCAAAGCAGGGAUCAGAAUGAGGGUCAGAGUUCUCCAAUUGCUCCUCCUUCACCCAGGAUGCCAUCUACGCAGCCACUCUGGGACCAGGAUUCUCACAUCUAUAAUUGGCAACCACAUGAUGGGCAUCAGCGCUUUGCCAUCGAGUGGGAGAUAAUUAACGAUUUGAGGGUCGACAUGACAAGACUGCAGCAAAGAAUGAAUAACAUGCAGAGGAUGCUGGAGGCCUGCAUGGAUAUGCAACUUGAGUUACAGAGGUCAAUAAGACAAGAGGUUUCUGCUGCCCUGAACCGGUCAGCUGGUUCACAAGGUAUGAUUGAUGAUGACUUGCCUAAGGAUGCAUCAUCUAACUGGGAUAAUGUUCGGAAAGGAAUUUGCUGUAUAUGCUGCGAAAGCAAUAUCGAUUCAUUACUAUACAGAUGUGGACACAUGUGCACAUGCUCAAACUGCGCCACUGAGUUGGCUCAUGGUGGAGGGAAGUGUCCGAUGUGUCAUGCACCAGUAGUUGAGGUCAUCCGUGCUUACUCAAUCCAUUAAUAAAAGUGAAAGAAGAAAAGAAUCUGGAUCAACAAUUAUAGAAUCUUUCAUCCUCGCCAUCUCCAGGUAUCUUCUUUUUUUUACCCUAUUCUUGAAUUUCCCCCCAGUGAUUUGACGAUGUACAGUACAUAAACUAUGUGUAUGAUUGAGAACAAAACAUGCCAUCUUUGAUUCGUGUGAUGAAUAUUUCUGGUUAUAAGAUUUAGAUAACCGAUUCUGCGCUCCAGAAAA